CACAGAGCGGGGCUUGGCACGGGUUCCCCUCCUUCAGCCUUCUGUGCUGUGUCACAGCCCGCUGGGUGGUGGUUUGCACAGAUAGGAAGCUGUCCCUCUGCCAGAGCUGUGUUUAGCGCUGCACGCAGGAGGUAAGCGUACAUAGGAAGGGUGGAGGGGCCGUCCUAGGCCACAGGAGCAGACGAGAGAGAGGCAGCAUUGUUGCAGGGGCACAAACAAGCCCAGGGUAUCGACACUUGGAUCCCGCGAGAGCCUGGCAGAGAGAAGGAGGUUGAAAUAAGAGUGAAUAUCACAAGCUCGCUCUCUACCUGUUGCCGCUUUUCCCUCCAGAAGACGGAUCACCCUGCCAACCGAGCCAUGUCGUCAGACCCUGCCACCCCCCCGCCAGUCCCACCUCUCCAUUCCCCGAAGUCUCCCGUCUGGCCCACCUUCCCCUUUCACCGGGAGGGAAGUCGGAUCUGGGAGCGGAGCAAUCUUCUCCUCCGGGACCUGCCCAGCCCCCUCCCCACCAAGAGAACCAGAACAUACUCUGCGACGGCUCGUGCCUCUGCUGGCCCUGUCUUCAAGGGCGUUUGUAAGCAGUUCUCCCGCUCCCAGGGCCACGGCUUCAUCACUCCAGAGAACGGCACAGAGGACAUAUUUGUACACGUGUCUGACAUCGAGGGGGAGUACGUCCCAGUGGAAGGAGACGAGGUGACGUACAAAAUUUGCCCCAUUCCACCCAAGAACCAGAAGUUCCAGGCUGUGGAGGUGGUGCUCACCAACCUGACCCCGCACACAAAGCACGAGACGUGGUCCGGCCAAAUAAUCGGCUCCUAGGCCUUGGGUGGAGUGUAUGGGAUGGCUCAGCCUAAAGGCUGGAGUAGGGGGGACAAAACCUGGGACAGCUGGCACGGGAGAAGAGGGGCGGGAUAGCGUUUCUUGUCUGCAAAGUGACAUGUAGCUGUAUACAUUUUGUGUCUUUUAUAAGAUUUCUUGUUUGUAACUGUCUCCUUCAGGGCCGAGGGAGAGGCAGAGCACAUGUCAUGAGCUCAUAUGGCCGCUUGUCAGGGCCAUGUGCAAAAGAGCCUGCUUGUGAUGAGAGAGGAGAGUGUGCACCCACCAGGACUUGAGAUCAAGUUUAUCCUGCUGCCUAGGCCAUCUCAACUCACCAUCCUUCCCUGGCCCCAGCUCCUUUAGGAAGCUCCAGAUUCCAUGUGGGGGCCAGUGUAUCAGCCAGCCCCACAACAGGUGCUCAGGAGAUCCAGGGGGCAUGAGAGGUGGGUGGAAAUACCCUGGGGAACUUGGGCAAGGGGGCGCUUAUCAUUGGGGGCAGCCCCACGCAGACUUAAAGAAGUAUCUAGAAUGAAAGCUCUAAUUAGGGGUUCGGGGUCUUUCCUGGGACUCUCACCUUGGGAGAGAUGGAAUUUCUUCCCACUCCUCUCCCAUCAGUGGGGGGAGAGAAGAGGCAAAAUGGAGUGUACCCCCUGCCCCCGCCAGCUGGCUCUGAGCCACUGCAGAAAGACCAGCUGUGUUCCAUGGGCUCUGGAUCUGGCCACUGCUCUAGUAAGGCCCCUUUUACCUCCCCUCUCUUUAAUUUCCCCCAAAUACUGGCAUACUGAGUAAAAAAUAUACCAAUGACCCGGGUUUUUGUAGGCCAUGGAACAUGCAAGGGGAGUCUUAAAAUAUGAAUUAAGUCUCCCCACCCCUCCACUGUCUCCUGGUUCUCCCAAAUGUAACUGAGAUUUGCCAAAGCUUGUUACUGUGGAGUGAGAGACUCUUAUUUUUUGCAUUUUUUAGGGCAGCUUUUAAAACUUCUUCCUGCCCAGUCUAGUCAGCACAAACUCACUGUGGGGCUUCGGGCAAGUCUCUUUGGCAGCAGCUUCAGAAGCAAUCUCUGAUUCUUAUUUCUUGGUGCUUCAGUUCUCAGUGGCCCAGCUUGAAUCAUCUUGGCUCUGAUGAUGAAAGGUGCUGAGCACCCACAGUUCCCAUUCACUUCAUCUGGAGUUGUGGGUGCGCAGCAAAUCAGGGCCUCAGUGUCUCAGUAUAUGCUUUUCUGAAAAUGUUGGCCUCAAUCUCUCUGCCUCCAUUUUCCAAUUGAGAUGUUGACGUCUGUUCUCCCUCAGUCCUACCCAUUUUGAGGCCUGUGCUCUGUAGGUCCACUAGAAGUGCUAGCUGGUAUUCAGUCCUACUCCUUUAGAAAUCUUCCUGCUUCAGAUGAUUGCAGAUCAAACAGACCCGUAUAGAUUUUGGUGUGGUGUUUGUUUUGUGUGUGUGUGUGAGAGAGACAGAGAGAGAGAGACCAGGAAGGAGCAUAAGAAACCAAGGCGGUGGGAAUAAAUCUAGACUCUAGUUACUGAUGUGUGGGCCAGUCAUGCACUACCCAAUUGUAGUCACCAAAUUGUAGGCUUCAUGCUGUCUUUAAUUCUCAAAAGAGUGGUCUUCAGUAGCUACACAGCUGGAUACAUGGUUUCCUGCUUUGGAUUAAGUUGAUUAAACUAUUUAAUCAAUUUAAUAUAAUAAAUCUUUGCAAAAUGUAAGAUGUUUCUUUUUUAGGAGGCACUCUUCUCAAGUUCCCUCUAGCCACAAGUGGUACAUUCCGGUUCCUGCUCCCCCGUCGCGCACACACAAAUGCCUGUGGUUUGCUCCUGUCUUUGAGUGUCCUAGUUGUUGUGGCAACUGGCAACUCUCUUCUGUCUCUGUGACUCUGGAUUUCCAUGGCAUAAUGGCUACGGUUGCUAUGGUAGCAUGGUGUGCUGUAUCUACAGGUCACGCUCCUGGGCCAGGCCUGGGAGGAUUGUGCCAGGGGAUGGCUUGGACUGAGUGGUUGAACAAGGAACUCUUAAUAUCCUGGUCACACAACACCAUAGAUGCUGUGGAUGGAAAAGACCUGCUGGGUCCUGCUGCCCUUUGGCUGUGUUUGUAGGUGUUGCAGGUGAAGAAGCACUUUUCUUGGGAUGGAGCUGGCUUGAUUUGUGAGCUACAGCUCCCCGCUCUUCUUGCUAUGUCUGAUCAGCUGGCAGUGGGGCAGGGAGUGAGGGUGAUAGAGAUAGGGGGUUGGUGGCAGUAUGUUCUCAGGGGUAGCAGUCUAGCUGGCCGUGCAGUUAAUGGUGGAAAUGCAGCUGCCUAGCUGUGCUGCAUCACCGCUUCCUCUAGUUAUAGUAUCUGGGCCUCUUUGGGCACCUCCCCCAGGGGCGCACGGGAUCAUUGCUACAGACAAACAAUUUCUGGUCUUCCUUUAAAUAGCCAGCAGGCAAUCCUCCUAGUACAGUGUGUCAGGAGGAGUGAGAGAGGGCUGCAUGUGCAGGGUGUGGCUGGCAUGAGGCUUGCGUCAGUCAUGUUGGCAGACUGGGACACGUUCCAGUCUGAGCGCGUGUGUAUUGAGCAGGGGUUUGGCCAGGGCUGCAGCUCCGUGCACACUGGUGCUGUCUGCUCCUUGACCUGGAUCAGUGCUUUGGAGACGAUGUAACUGGUGGCUGAAAGUUCCCUCCUGAAGACUUACUUGGGCUGGUGCUCUGGAAAAUGCCAACACCCUGGCCUAAGGGAUAGGAAGAUAUGCACACAGCAACAGCUCUGCAGUGUGGGGGAGGAAGUCAGUUUGGCUGAGUGGCAUGAUGCCCUGUAGGGAAGCAAAUAGGCUGCCUGGUCCAGAGACUGAGAGCACAUGUGCAUGAGCAGUACCUGGGCUGGAAGAGAAGGCAGCAGUGACUUUGUAUGGUGGUCAGAAGGCAGUUCCACCCUCUUGCUUCCAUUACCCUGGGAAGGUGGGCAGAGGCGGCACCAUCCUGCCAGGACUAAGCUGAAGCCUAUAAUGCAUGGGUCUGAUGUGCUUUGGAGCCUGGUCCAGUAUCCAUGCAAAGCUGCAAUACCUUGUGGCUAUGUCUAUACUGCAGGCUAAUCUUGCCGAGCGUCUACACUGCAUGCGCGUUCUUGUAUAAGUAAAUUUACAGUACAGUGUCGAAAAACAGUUCUUCCGGAAGUUAUUCCUCUCCCCGAUAGGAUAA